ACACAAUCAUGGCUGCCUCCGCUGCAGUCCGCUCGAGCAUGGGGCUGACUUUCAGACUUUCGCGAGUUCUACCGGACUGUAGCACCUGUCCACAGUUCACGUUAAAGACGUGUACGGCUCAUUUACAAAGAAAAGACUCCAUGGACAACUUGCGUACCGUUUUUCAUCGCUACAUGCAGACGAGUGUUGGUUCGUACCACAGUGAGGAAGGCAGCGCCGAAGAAGAGAACCAAGAGAAUGUGGUCAAUGUGGUGUAUGUGGACCGGUCGGGCCAGAGGAUCCCAGUUCGAGCCAAAGUGGGAGACAAUAUUUUGUACUUGGCUCACAAGAAUGGAAUUGAACUCGAAGGAGCGUGUGAGGCCUCAUUGGCCUGCUCAACAUGUCACGUGUACGUAAGCAGGGACCAUUUAGGCAAACUGCCCGAACCACUUGAGAGGGAGGAUGACAUGCUGGACAUGGCGCCCAUGCUCCAGGAGAACUCCCGGCUCGGCUGCCAGAUCAUUCUCACCCCAGAGUUGGAGGGCAUGGAGGUGACGCUACCCAAAGUCACGAGGAACUUCUACGUGGACGGACAUGUUCCCAAACCUCAUUGAGAAGAAAGCGCAGUUGAUGAAGAUGGCCGCCCCAGCGAACGAGAAGCCACGCGAAGGGAGAGAGCGGGCUACCUUUUGAAGAAUGUACGACUUGGGAGGUCCGUAGCAACCGCUCUGAAGAUCUCGCCUGACCGGUUAACGGGUUACUGGGGUGGGCCCGCAGACAUCCCAAGAAUGCAAACGAAAUCAAAAGGUUACUUCCAAAAAGGGACAUUUUGGAAGGAUUUAUUGAUGUGGAAUGUUCUACGUUCUCAGGCCAGCAUUGAGACGGCGCGCAAUCUCACAAAGUGUUCUUUGUUCAAAACAAAACAACCUAAACAUUCAAGUUUUGAGUUCAAGUUCACUUUCGCGAAGGAGUCUUAGGGGCACACUGAGAAGAAAAAGAAGAGUAAAAAUACAAGGUAAACUGCUAUGACAAAGUAAUAAUGCAAAUAACUCCGUCUUUUGUACGCCAAUACAGCUGUGAUAAAGGAAUUCAUUUGUAAUCUUAACUAGUGAAUGUCAAAAUUCCCACACGAACCGAAAUGCAACAAUCCAAAACAACUUUAGAGAUCUGCCAUAUAUUAAUCAGGUAAUAUCAUUCAAUAUUUACUUCCGCGUAGAUGAUGGCGCAAACUCGAACAGGUUUACACAAUCGCAUUAAAGUGUUCAUACUGGUGAUGGUGUUCAUCUACCAAAAUAUAGACUCUUACACUGCUUGUCAAACGUGGCGUGUCAACGCAGUAUUGAAGACAUUGUGACGUUCUUGUAAAAUUGCAAUUAUGAUGCUAUUCUGUCUACAAAUAUCUUGUACGUCUUUAUUCUCAUAAUACCGCCCCAAUCCCCCCUCAGCGCGCCACUAAUAUUCCUUCGCACAACUGUACACUGUUGAAUGGAACAUUCCAUGUUACAGCUCUUAUACGCACAAACUGGUGUCGCCGCAAAAUGCCCUUUGUCAUUUCACUUAGACCGUCCUCAUCACUCAUACGCGAUUAUGCAUUUCUUUUGUAUUCGUGUGGAAUAUGUCUGCUCUCCGGUGGAAGUCCUCCUAGAAAAACAAUCCAGAUAAAUAUUCCAAAUGACCUGUAAAAACGGGCUUCGCUUCAGCUCUGAUCAGGCGACGCCGAUGCGGUUCGGCUGUGUUCUCAGACUUGCAACGAUGAGGACGUUUUGCCACGUUGAACUCUUGUUUAUUUUGUCAAGUGUACUGUACUUGUCCAACUUACGCACACAUUUAGGUCACUAAAUUGUAUGGCAUAUAUCAAGUAUUGUGCAAUAAAGUACUAUUUUAAAGUG